AUGUGGAGGGAUGGGGAGCUCCUUAUGUCGAUGAAUGCGACUGGUAGCGGUCUGUAUCUGGACCUUGGCGACAAGUUUCGUGAUGUUUGGACCAGGCCGGGGGAGACACAGGGCGGGGACGGGGCUUUCGCGACUUUCCGUGCUGGUCGGGGAAACUGGCGGUGCUCAGCCUGUGCCUGUAACGAGGAGAGGCAGGCGGCGAGACGUUGGAAGAAGAUUUCGUGCCGGGUCACGUGUAUUCACUGCCCGCGCCCGUCGCUGACUCAGCUAGGCCGCACCGGCUUGCCCGCCUUGGACCUAGCGUCGUGCCCGCCCUCGGCACUCCGCGCUAACAUCGGGAUACUACGUUGA